UCGCUUCAGCAAAAGCUUCCCCCAUGAAACCUUGCAAGCCAAACCCUAAGGAGACUCCUAGUGCAGAUGCUGGCUUCCCCUGCAGCAGUCAGUCAAGCUGCGCAGCGAAAGGCAGCUCUGACCGGCUGGAGAACGCCGCCAAACGCAGGCUGGCUGCCAACGCCAGGGAAAGGAGAAGAAUGCAGGGGCUCAACAUGGCCUUUGACCACCUCCGCAAAGUGGUCCCCCAGUGGGGGCAAGACAAAAAGCUCUCCAAGUACGAGACUCUUCAGAUGGCGCUCAGUUACAUCAUGGCCCUGACAAGGAUCCUGGCUGAAGCCGAGAGGUUCAGCGCACAGAAAGGCUGGAUUAACUUUCAGGAGGAGCAUUUUCACGCUUGUACGGGUCAGAAGGCGGCUGCGGAGACCGAGCCGUACGCUCCCAGACUUUUCCACUUCCAGCCUGAUCACUUCUAAGUUUAUCAACUAGAUCGUCGUGGAUCUGGGACAAACUCGUUUUCUCAUUCUUGUAAAACUGGGCAACGAGAACUUGAACAGCCCUAUGAGGUAAAUCACCAGUUGUGGUACUCUUGAUCUCGUUUCAUUUCAUCUUUGGAACAAAUUGAUUCUAAUUCAUCGGCUGCCUGUUGGAGGAGAUAAUUUCCCCCCUUCCUAGUGGUUACCUGUGAAAUAUGUACAAUAUCUUCAGGUUGCAUUAUUUUGACGUUACGAAAUUAUUUUUUUGGGGGGGGGGUGUAGUUAUACGUAUCUGAACUACCAUGACGUCUGUUUUCACAAUGAUAUGUUGAAGAAAACAAAGCAGGAUAAAUAGUAACAAUAACAGCAACAACAAAAUUAAUCCAGUUUUUAUAUACGGCAUGCAUGGACAAAUUUGGUUAUUGGAGAAUGUAAGUGACUAUUUAAUCAGAAUGAUUAGAUAUUCAAAUCUCCAUUAAUUCUUAAAUUGACAGUGUAUUUUAUUUUGUUUCUUCAUCAGUGGUAUAUUAUAUAACGGAAACUAGAAAUGAUAUUCUUUAGUCCUCAAAGAAGUAACUUCCUUAAACUUUGUAAGUUUGUCCUUAUAGGUUCUUCUAAACCAAACUGUGCAAGUUUCACUGACCUUACAACUUGCAAUUUCUCAGAGUGUAAACCUAGAAUGAAGCUAAUUUCAGUUAUAGUCUUUAGAGUGUUUAAAUAUUCUGUAUGCUGCUAUGAAGUUUAAACAAUGCUACAUCUUGAUGUAAGAUGCUUGUGUGAAAAUAAUUUUUUUACAAUUUGUGAUUCAUAAUAAGCUUGAUUUUUUUUUACAUUGUUUCAUUUCUUUUACAGUGUAAAAAGUUUUGUAAAAUAUAAAUAAACACAUUUUUUUCACAUAUAAAACGUCUGUUAUUAAAAGCA